UCAGGACGGGUGGGCAUGGGCUGGAGGAGGGGAACGAGUCUGAAGGCGCGUGCGGGGCAGCGUGGGGCAGCUUGAGCGCGGCAGUGUCGGGGGCAGUGGUCUUCCAACUAUCCAGGAUGAUAACGCCAGCGUUUGAACUGACUCAGGAUCCAGAUUAUCUUACAAUCACUAUCAAAGUACCUUAUGCACGAGUUUCAGAGUUUGAUGUCUAUUUUGAAGGGAAGGAGUUCAAAUUUUAUGCAAAACCUUACUUUCUUAGAUUGGUUCUUCCUGGAAGAAUUGUGGAAGAUGGAAGAGAGACAGCAUCAUAUGAUGACACAGGAAUAUUUACAAUCCGCCUUCCCAAGGAGACUCCUGGAGAGGUGUUUGAAGGAUUAGACAUGUUAACAGCUCUCUUAGCACCAAGGAAAUCCAGAUCAGCAAAACCUUUAGUAGAAGAGAUAGGUGCAGAACAUGAAGAUCAUGUGGAGGAGGAAGAAGAAUUUGACUGGGAAAUUGAGCAAACUCUUUAUGAAGAGAGUGGAGAGAAACCCUUAUGUUCAUUUUGCAUGUAUGGAUUUGGAAAUCAGAAGUCAGGCAUUUUCACUCGUCUUCAGGAUGAACUUAAUGAUGUUAUUGAUAUUAAAAAUCCAGACAUGAUCCCAGCAGUUGAACGCAGAGAGAAACGGUGGGCAGCAGAAGCUGCCAAAUUUGAUCCUGAUCAUUAUCUAGCUGACUUCUUUGAAGAUGAAGCUGUUUGCCAUCUGUUGAAGUACAAACCUUGGUGGGUUAAAGCCUAUGCAACAAAAAUGUCUUCUCAAGAAAAUAGUACUUGGAAUGAGAGCAGUCAACCUGCACUUGUUUCCUUUACAGAAGAUGAGAAAGAACAGCUAAGAAAAUUCACUAACAAAACUUUCCUGCUUGAUAAAAGAACCUGUCAUCAAGUAUAUCUGAGCCUAGUUGAUAUACUUCUGGCAUAUUGCUAUGAAGUUUAUGCCACCGAAGGAGAAAAAAACGUUGAGUCAGCAUGGAAUAUCCGAAAACUGAGUUCAUCUUUGUGCUGGCUGGAGAGUUUUACUAGCAUUUCUGAAGUCCUGGUAUCCUUUGGAAGAAGAGUUCUAUGCUAUCCACUCUACCGACACUUCAGUUUAGUGACCCGGGCAUUAAGUGAUACAAGUAUGAUAUUACAUCUAGGUAAAAGUGCAGUUUUGAAGUGCCUGUUAGAUAUUCACAAGAUUUUUCGUGAGAAUGAUCCUGCGUAUAUUCUUAAUGACCUCUACAUCACAGAUUACUGCAUUUGGAUUCAAAAAGCCAAAAGCGGAGGCAGCAGGGCGAAGACACCAUGGUACCUGAAAUCCUGGAAAGCUACCAUGAGAUGGCUUUGCCUGUCCUCAACAGCUGAAUGGGCUGGUCUGAACUUGCAUAAGGCAGAUCUUUAUGCUCUGAAAAGUCCAAAAUGGUCAAAGAAAUUAGCAGCCCUUGCCGAAUGUGUGCAGAAAGCCAAGCUGAGUAAGGCUGAAUUGGGUUUUGAACUAGACGAGCUGGAAGCAGCGGCGCUUCUUGUUCAAGAGGAAGAAAAGGAGUUAAAAGCCACUGGCGCAGACGUUUCUCAGCAGCAGCUGCCUCCCUCCGAAGGCGAGGCGAGUGACUCUGAAGACUCAAGCAGCACUUCAUCAUAUGAGACAGGAGACUCGGAUUCAGAUGAACAAGAGUCCUCAGCCAGUGAAGAUGGGAAAAUAAAUCCUUUGCAAAGCACACUCCAAGAGGAGAGGACAGCCCCGCUUAUUGACUGUAAUGGAUUAAGGCGAGACACAGGCACUUUGACGUUAGAUGUUAGUAAUGAAAAAUCAAAGGCGUCUGCACAAUCUACAUCUGUUCCCGGGAAACUGAUUGAGGAAUUAGGAAAGCAAAUGCAGACUGCAAUUAGGCUUACGGAGCAGCCUGAAGGUUUGCCUUCUGCGAAUGGUGGCGGUGGCACUUCAGAAGAGAUGGGAACAAGCUGCCUCACUCAGCCGCAAGGACCUUCACCAGAUCCUCACGAAAAGAGAUGUUUCCUGGAGGUGACUCCAGAGCCCUCCACCCUUCUUUUUCUUGGCACAACAAGUGAAGCUCCUUAAGUCAUUGUAAAUGGGGUAGGCGGGGGUGGGGGGAUUGAUUUUGAGAGACUUUUUGUUAGGGUUCAUUUUAUCACUCAGAUGUCACUUGAGCAAAUAAUAAAUGGAGACAGGCAAUUAAAAAUUUUGACUUUCCAUCUUUCUUUGCAUUUACAAUCAAGAGACUUUGUGAAAGAUGGUAGACAAAAUUUAAUCGAAUCUCACUUGGUAUGUCACUGUUCUACUGUAAAAUAGUCAAAUAUUGGUGCCUAUAUAUCAGAAGUGUCUGUAAUCUUGAGUUAUAUGUUGAAGUGGCAUCAUUUAUCACAGAGUAUAAUCAAACUUUGGUAAAGGUUGCUGGUUUAUAUUCUGUAAUUGCUUACUCAGAAUGUUUAUAUUUAAAUGUCUCUGGUUUUAAAUGCCAAUUUGCUUCUCAGCUUCUGAAAUGUCACUGUGCAUUAUGGUUCUGUUUGUUACUUUUAGAGGUAUCCAGUGUACCUACUAGGUCUUUUAGACUCCAGGCACUGGUGUCCAGUAAUACCAGUUAUCUAAAAUAUGCAGUGCUUGUGCAAGCAGAUCCAGUGUCUUUUUUACUUGGAGCUAAAUCCUAAUGUGUUCUGUGAGCUCUCAGCCUGGUAGGGAUGGGGAGGAAUCCAGUUAGCAUUUUAAGGAGAACUUACCUAAUUCAUGCUUCUCAAACCUAAUACCUGAACCAAAAUAAAAGUCAUCCUUUUAUAAUCACA